CUCUCCAUGUUUACGGAAACGCCGCGGCGUAAUCCAUUCGUGGGUUCACCCCCCUUGCCCUCGUCCAAUGUUUCGUUAACUUUGAAGCUGUUAUAUCUCGCCGCCUCUGCCCACAUCGUCCUCCUGCACUAGACAGCUGAAGCCGGCGUCAUGUGGGACCACGAAAUCAGAGCCAUGGCGUCCACUCACGCCAUCAUCGCCUCCUCGGUGUUCAUGGCCACCGUCCUCCCCGCGGUGUUCGUCCCAGGCUUCUCGGUGUACGGAACCCACCUGCUGUGGAUCUACUCGGUGUCCGUUGCGGUGGCGGCGGUCAGCGUCUCUGUCUUCUGGCUGCUCGGCAUCUCGCCGCCCACUAAGAAGCACACACUGGGAUACAAGAUGUCGAGGCUGUUCCGUUCAUGUCUUUACUUCUUCCUAUCUUGCCUGUUCUUCCACACGGUCGUCGUACUCUACGGAGCGCCCCUGAUUGAAUCUGCUUUAGAGACGUUUUCACUCGCUGUCCUGCUAACCUCACUGACCACACUGAGAUGUCUCUGUGUUCUCGGCCCCAACGUCCAGGCCUGGAUACGAGUGUUCAGUCGACAUGGAGCUAUGUCUGUUUGGGACACAUGUUUGCAGAUUACGGUGGCCUGCACCCUAAUCGGAGGCUGGGUGGGAGCCUUCCCAAUACCGCUGGACUGGGACCGGCCGUGGCAGGUUUGGCCUGUUUCCUGCAGUCUGGGCGCUAUGAUCGGCUACCUGACCGGACUUGUCGUUGCUCCCGCGUGGAUCCACUACCAUCGCAAACAGCUCACAUACAAGUGCAAGUGAUGGAAAGAACCGCGGCUCUCUGCCUGGGUUGAUGCGGGAGCGUGUCUGUUUGGUCCCUUUUUACCGGUUAUUUAUUGGGGAGACGUUGGAAGCAUGUCAAUGAUUUUUGUAACGACACAUUAUUUUGUAUAUUUGCAAGCUGAGCCCGAGGAUGUUUGACACGAAUAAAGAAUGACUGGAUCAGCA